CAAAGAUGGCGGCGUCCAGGAGUGAUGCCACGUCCCUCCCAACCUUUGAGGGGGUCGAAAACCUCGUGAACAUGGUUGAUAUUCAAAAUGCUUUUGAUGAAUUAUGUAAAGAGGAGGAGGAAAUGAACACGGAGUUGGACAAUCUUUUAGAACAUCAAUCAACACUUGAAAAUAGGAUGAGUGGUCUUCAUAAAAUCUUACCAAAUCUUCAGAUUCUUGAGACAGAUUCCAAACAACUCUCUAGUAUGGUUUCCUUUACGUCCACUCUAGCUGAAAAUGUCAGCAGCAAAGUGAGACAACUGGAUGUGGCUAAAAGCCAAGUUACAGCUUGUAUAACUCGAGUCGAGGACAUUCUGGAUCUCAAGUUUUGUACAGAUGGAGUACAGACAGCUCUUCAGAAUGAGGACUAUGAAAAGGCAGCAGGUCAUGUUCACAGAUUUAGAAGUUUAGAUGAAAACAUUCUAAGAAUGUCUGAAGAAUCUGGGGAAG